AUGUCUCCGCUUUACAGCGCAUGCGGCAUCAUCCUGCUGGCCCUAACUCUCUCGCACCACUUCCGCAACCACACCUCCCUCGCCCACACGCACACCCUCUUCCUCACCUAUGGCCUCACCUACCAGACCUCCCUCCUCACCCACCGCCUAACCUUCACCAGCUGCGCCCUCAACACGAAACACAUCCUCUGCACUGCCUUCACCGACUUCGACAGCUCCCCUCUCCGCAAACCCCUCUUCACGCCCAUCACGCCCCAUGGGAUCUUCACUCUCGACGGCUUAGCCUGGAAGCGCAGUCGCGAGCAGCUGCGCGCCCGACUCUCCAACCUCCGACGGACCAUCGACCUCUCGCUCUGCGAGGAGCAUUUCCGGGCCUUUCUGAAACAUGUCCCGCCGGACGGAGGCGUGUUUGAUGCCCAGAGGGUGGUGUUUGCGUUGUCGCUGGAUCUUCAGACGAGGUUUUCGCUGGGAGAGUCGGUGGAUGCGUUGGGUGAGAUGCAGAGUGAGGAGCAGAGAAGGUUUCUGGGGGAUUUGGCGCGGGUGAAAGAGCGGAUCGUGAGGGAUGGGUUUAGGGGGCCGUUGAGGCAUUUUGAGGGAAAGGGGGCGUUUUGGAGGGCUUGUGCGAGGGUGAGGGGGUUUGUGGUGGAACGGGUGAGGAGGGAUAUCGAGGGAAGAAGGAGUGGUGGUGUUGGGGAUGGGGUGGGUGUACCGGAGGAGGAGAUCAAUCAAUCUGCUGAUCAGGCGCUGAGUAUCCUCCUCGCAAACGAUAGCAUGAGUACCACGCUAUCUGGGAUUCUUUAUUGUCUUGCGAAGGAUGAGCGUGUGGUAACGAAGCUGAGGGAUAGUAUUGUGGAUUCGAUUGGGCUGGAGCCUCCGACGUGGGCGCAGUUGGGGGGGUUGCAAUAUGUGCGGUGGGUGAUUCAGGAAGCAAUGCGUCUUUACCCACCUGUUGUGCUCAACGCCCGCGUCGCUAAUAAAAUGACGACCCUGCCUACCGGUGGCAUCUCCUCCACCAAGAAUAACACCAACACUACCGACAGUCAAAACAUACCCAUCCUAAUCCACCCCAACGAGAUCGUCGUCUUUUCCACCUGGUCCCUGCAUCGCCUGGACCCUAGCUUCGGACCGGAUCCUGAAUCCUUUUACCCCGAGCGCUGGGAAACACGGAACCCUGAGUCCAUGCCGGGAUAUAUCCCGUUUAAUAAGGGGCCGAGAAGUUGUCCGGGUCAACACUACGCGACCAUCAUCCUCACAUACCUCGUCACGCGCAUGUUCCAGACCUUUUCCACCGUGACAGACUACAACGCCGGUCCGUGGCGAGAAAGGAUCAGCAUGACGUUUGAGAAUGCGGAUGGGGUGUUGGUGGGGUUAUCUUGACUAUUAUUAUAUUGUAUUUUAUUUUAUUUUAUUUUAUCUUGGUUUAGUUUUUAGUUUGUCUUCCGGCCAUCUAUCUAGGAUUUACUUGAACUGGGGAUAGGGGUUUUUGGUUGGUUUGCGGUUGACUGGUUUGGAUGGAUAAACUAAAUCAAAUAAAUAUUGUAGAUAGAUAGUAGUACUAAUGGG